UGGUGUUUAACCGACCCGGUUUGGAAAGCUGAGUUGAGUGCUCGUAUAAAGUUGUUACUGGGACGCUUAUAUAUACAGAAUAUAUUUAUAUAAUCUCAUCGAGUGUACAAAAUAGUUCAGAGAUGUCAGGUGGAGGAGGAGGCGACAGAGGUGGGCCAGGACUAAUCCCCCCAAGGUGGCUCAUGUGCCCACGAAAGAGCCAUCAUCUUAUUGGCAAGAGAUUUCUGGCAUUUAAAACUCCUCUCAGCUCCAAGUUUGAUGACCAAGUUCCUCCAGAACACAGGUUCUCUCCUGCCAUGCUCUUUGCCUCUAUGAAAAGUUACAAGGUGAAAAUUGGACUGUGGAUAGAUCUGACAAACACUUCAAGGUUUUAUGAUAAUCAAGAUAUUGAGAAGGAAGGUACACGCUAUUUGAAGCUCAAGUGCCGAGGACAUGGUGAAUGUCCAAAUCAAGACCAAGUUAAUACAUUUACUGACAUAUGUGACAAAUUCAUUAGAAAAAAUCCUCUUGAAAUCAUCGCUGUGCACUGUACUCAUGGCUUUAACCGAAGUGGAUUUUUGAUUGCGUCUUAUUUUAUUAUGAAAGAAGACUGGGGUGUUGAUCUUGCUGUUAAUGAGUUUGCAAAAGCAAGAGAACCAGGCAUCUACAAGGGUGACUACAUACGUACACUUUAUGAGCGAUCAGGGGAUGAUCCUAAUGAAGCUCCACCACCACCAGAACUUCCAGAUUGGUGUAAAGAAUUUGAUGAUAGCAAUUUAGAUGAUGAUGGUGAUCCCGUGAAAACUAACAGAAAACGCGAGAGAAACAAGAAGGACCCAACAUUCAUGGAGGGGAUAUCUGGAGUCUCUCCAAUCACUCAACAGCCCAAACUCAAAGACAUCCAGAAAAGAAUACAACAAAUGUGUGGUUGGACAAGCAAUGGGUUUCCUGGCUGUCAACCAGUUAGUAUGGACUUGGAGAACCUAACAUUCUUACGUGACAAUCCUUAUAAAGUAUCGUGGAAAGCUGAUGGAACAAGGUACAUGAUGCUUGUAGCUGGACGUCGAGAAGUGUACUUCGCUGACCGUGACCACAGUAUAUUUCAGGCACCGGAGGUAGAGUUUCGACAGAAACAUGACCUACAGGUUCACCUUUCAGAUACUUUAGUUGAUGGGGAAAUGGUAAUUGACACUGACCCAAACUCUGGCACAAAGUACCCGAGGUAUCUAAUUUAUGAUGCUGUUAGAAUUCAGGGUAGAGACAUAAUGAACGACUCAUUUCAUAUGAGAUACGAACGUAUAAUGACAGACAUUAUUAGUCCCAGAAAUGCUGCUAUUGAAAAGCGCCUUCUAAACAAGCAAAAGGAACCCUUUGGAGUGCGAAGGAAGGAUUUUUGGGAUGCCAAUAUUUACUGGACGCAAAAACUGUUAAGCUCAGCAUUUCGAUCAAAACUAAGCCAUGAACCCGAUGGACUCAUCUUCCAGCCAGAAUCAGAUGCAUAUGUUCCUGGGAGAUGUGACCUCGUUCUGAAGUGGAAACCUGCUAGCCAUAAUUCCGUUGAUUUUAGAUUAAAAGUUGUCAAGAGAACUGGUUUAGGGAUGCUACCCGAGACAGUGGGAGAACUGUGGGUAGGUGCGUUUGACCGUCCAUUUGGAGAGAUGAAGGUUAACAAAUCAAUGAAGGACUAUCAUAACAAGAUUAUAGAAUGCAAGUUUGAAAACAAUCAUUGGACAUUUAUGAGAGAACGUACUGACAAGUCUUUUCCCAAUAGUUACACCACAGCUGUUGCUGUGUGUAAUAGUAUAAAAAACCCUGUGACUCAAGAUAUUCUCCUGAAAUUCAUAAACGAUCAUGGCUACAAGAAACCAGACAGGGAUUUGAUGCCCCCACCGCCUGCAAAGAGACAGAAACAAUGAGUAAAUGUACAAGAUUGUGACUUGUAAAAAGAUUCCUAUUUUGGUUAAUAAAUACACGCAAUUAAAAUAUGGUAAAUCACAGUAGAUAUAGAAAAAAAAACAGGUUAUGAAAUUGUGGUUUAUAUAUACGUACCGGUAUGUAUAUAUCCUCCAGGGUUCUUCUUUACAGGUGACAUUUUAGGUUUUGUUAACCAAUUGAUAUUCUUGAAAAAUAUAUUAUUUAUAAAAUAUGUUCCUAAUUCAUACACCAUUGCUGUUAUGCUGUCAGGACAAUGCUGGCCAUCAUAUAUAAGAUUGGGAAGUUUAUUAGAAAUCAAUAAAUGUACAGUUUGUAUUAGGAUUUGAUCAUGUAUCUUUAUUUAAUUUUUUGAAAAGAGAAAAUUUAACUUUUACUUAUAACUUAAAACUAAAUGGUGUAUAACUUACAGGGAAAUUUUAAUAUUUCUGUAGGAUUCUUUCAAUAAAUGUACAACUCUU